GGGACGUAAGUCAAGUUGAGAAGUCUUCAGUGGCGAAGUGGAGGAUUGCGAAAAAAAAUGUCACGUUGUUUACUUCUCUGCCGGUUGCACUUAGCGAAGAGGUGUUUACACAGUCUUCCGAGGGAAUUAUCUCUUUUUCUUGCAGAACCAGUUCCUGUUCACUCAAUUAGCCAACAUGCCCGCUUCAUGAGUAGUGAUGUUCCAUCGAAUUGGAAGUCUGAUAAACAGGUGGCCGAAGAAAAUAAGUCUCACAUGAACUUUUUGCCAGUUCCAAAAGGAUCAUGGUAUGACAAUUACAGAGAACGCAAUGCAAAAUGGAAUAUGCUUCUUUUUGGCAGCAUUGGCUUUCUGGCCUUCACAUUGAUAGCAAUGUGGAAGAGUGGGGUGUUUUACCUUCAUAAUAUAUCAGACUAUAAAAAAAUAACGCCAGAUGCAGAGAAGAUUGGGAGAGCAAAGAGUGCAUCUAAGCCUGCCUCUUCCCUUCCCAAGAAAGCAGGACCUCCACCUUUGACACCUCCAGAACGGCUUCCUGUUGCCAAAGCCAUUCCUGAGCAUGUGCCGUAUUUGCUCAUUGGAGGUGGCACAGCCUCUUUUGGAGCUUUUCGUUCCAUCAAAGCCAGGGACCCAACCGCAAAGGUCCUUAUUAUAACAGAAGAAGGCCGUUUACCAUACAUGCGACCUCCACUGUCUAAAGAACUUUGGUUCAGUGAAGAUAGAGCCUCCUUGCAACAGAUGAAGUUCAAACAGUGGAAUGGUAAAGAGCGCAGCAUAUUCUUUGAGCCUGAAAGCUUUUACAUGAAACCAGAUCAGCUAGAGGGACAGGAAAAUGGAGGUGUGGCCAUCGUGCAAGGGAAAGUUGUGAAACUGGAUGCAUCAAAAAAGAAAGUCCUCCUGGAUGAUGGAAAAGAAAUUUCCUUUGAUAAAUGCCUUAUAGCAACAGGUGGAAGGCCAAAGAAUCAUCCUGUUCUUGAAAAAGCUAGUGAAGAAGUGCGUGCGAGAACAAUCCUUUUUCGAAAUAUUGAUGACUUUGUGGAGUUGGAUUCAGCUGUAAAUUCAUCAGAGGCAAUUGCAAUCAUUGGAGGAGGGUUCUUGGGAAGUGAACUGGCCUGUGCUUUGGGCAAAAAAAGUCAGGAGACUGGACUGAAAGUGUAUCAGAUAUUUCCAGAAAAAGGAAAUAUGGGCCGUGUGCUGCCAGAGUAUCUGUGCAAAUGGACAACCAAAAAAGUUCAGGAAGAGGGAGUGGAGGUCUUUGCCAACAGUGGUGUCAUUGCUGCGCACUACAGGGACAAUAAAGUUAUCUUGACUUUGGACAAUGGUAAACAGGUGAAGGUUGACUGUGUGGUGGCAGCUGUGGGUAUUGAGCCAAAUGUAGAUCUUGCCAGCACAUCUGGUCUGGAGGUAGAUGAAAUUCAUGGUGGUUUUCGUGUCAAUGCAGAACUUGAGGCACGAUCCAACAUUUGGGUGGCUGGUGAUGCCUUCUGUUUUUAUGACAUUAAACUUGGUCGAAGACGUGUGGAACAUCAUGAUCAUGCUGUUGUCAGUGGCCGGCUGGCUGGGGAGAACAUGACAGGGGCAUCCAAACCAUACUGGCAUCAGUCUAUGUUCUGGUCUGAUUUAGGCCCUCACAUAGGCUAUGAGGCUAUAGGGAUUGUGGAUUCCAGCCUGCCUACUGUUGGGGUGUUUGCCAAAGCAACAUCCAAAGACACCCCUCAGGCUGUUGUGGAGGAAACAGGAGAAGGCUUGCGAUCGGAGACAGAGAGGAUUGCACUGCCAAGUGCACCUUCUGCAGGAAAACCUGCAUUGUGCGUACCACAGGAGAGUGAUGAUUUCGGAAGAGGUGUUGUCUUUUAUCGGAGAAACAAUAUCAUUGUGGGUAUUCUGCUUUGGAACACCUUUAACAAGAUGCCUAUUGCAAGAAAGAUCUUGAGAGAUGGAGCAGAAAAUGAGGAUCUGUAUGAAGUUGCAAAGCUGUUCAACAUUCACGAAUCUUGAUAAAUGUUGUCGCACGCUUUGUUCUCAGGCAUGUCAAUUUUCAGAUGGAUUUUUCAAGACAUCGUCAUGAUCAGCUACUUUGUACAAUGUGUGAUCCAGAAGCAUGUUUAAAUAGCCAGAUUUGGUCAAGGGAAACCUCCCAAUAAUGUGAAGUUUUAAAGGUUCAGCAUUUGAAUGAGACUUUGGUAGAAUGCAUGUUUCAAAAUUUAUGUUUAUCGAUUUUAUUUUUCCCCGUUGUGGGUGGGAUGUAAAAUCUUCAGUAAAAAGAAGUGUUUCCAUAU